AUGCAACAACGAACUAAGUCUCAUAAUGCACCAGUUCGUGCCCCAUCUGACAAUGUUAGUCAACGCUGGGUACUUGGACUUUCGAUUCGAGUAAAAACUCUGACUGAUGACGAAUAUGAAGGACAAAUAUAUUCAUACGAUCCAAAGACGAACUGUGUUUGUCCUUCUUCUUCUUCCUCAGUUCUUAAUUCAGGACACCCUCAAAAAUAUGAUUUUCGAAUCCUAAAAAUUAACUUCCUUAAAGAAGUAUUUCAGCUUCCCAACCAUAAAUCUUCGAUUGAUAUUAAUGCAAACAUGACUAAUUGUAACUCUACGAAUCUCAACAAUAAUACAAUCACGAAUAAUACAUCAAUGAUGAAUGGUCAAAGUACGAGUAAUUCAAUUUUUUCAACAAUUUAUCCAUCAGUUGGUUAUGUACAAAUGGAUAGACUUCAGUCUAAAGAAUUAUUGUCAGUUAAAGACACACAAGCUGCAUUAGCAAGAAUUGGAGUAGGCGUGACACAAGAAGCACAAGAAAUUUUUGAUGCAUUGAGUAAAACGUGA